UCACAUGACGGCGUGUACACAUCUCCGAACCAAACGAGCUCCUUCAAAAACGUUUCAUCAGAUGUGACAAAAAUACUACUGGUUGAAGACUCAGGCAAUCCCAAACAUCAAGUCACAGACGUGGAAGAUGAGGAGAGGAAAUCCAGGACACGACCAGGUGCUGAAAAACGAGAAAAAAAUGAGGUGUCCCGCAGACGUCACUGUAGAAGAUCUUCACCCUGAGAAACAUCAUCCCGUCCAGGUUAAAGAGGAGUCUGAGUCAGAGAUGCCAUACAACAAACAGGAGGCGGAGCUGGAGAUCUCAUACAUUAAAGAGGAAGAAAAGGAAUAUAAAAUCCCCAAGUUUCCUGUGACCGUCAGUGUAAAGAGCGAAGAAGAUGAAGGUCCAAGUGAAAAGGGCGGAGCACCAAAACAUUCGAGCAACAGCUCAUUUCAACCCCUGACAACAAAAGAAGAGGGACGAUCACAAACGGACGGGCUCUUAGCUCCAUUCUCAGACAGCGACGACGUAACGUCACACUCUUCUGACUUUAACACUGAUGAGGACACUGAUGAAGAGACCAAUAUGGAGAGUGAUGAUGGCUUUAACCAAAAUGCUUCAAAAUCCUUACACAAGUCAUCAUUGAAAAGAGUCGCAAAAGAAUGCACGGUUAGGAAACCUUUUCCCUGCACAAUCUACGACAAAAGAUUUUGUCAGAGGACUAAUUUAGAAAACCAUAAGCGUACACAGGAGGAGUCUGAGAUGCCACACAUCAAACAGGAGGCGGAGCCAGAAACCCCACACAUUAAAGAAGAAGAACAGGAAGAUAAAAUCCCCAAGUUUCCUGUGACCGGCAGUGUGAAGAGUGAAGAAGAUGAGGGCAGAGCAGCAAAACAUUUAAGCACUAGCUCAUUUCAACACCUGACAACAAAAGAAGAGGGACAAUCACAAAUGGACGGCCUCUUAGCUCCGUUUUUGGACAGUGACGACGUGACGUCACACUCUUCUGACUUUAACACCGAUGAGGACACAGAUGAGGACACUGGUGAUGACACUGGUGAUGACACUGGUGAUGACACUGAUGAAGACACUGAUGAUGACACUGAUGAUGACACUGAUGAUGACACCGAUAUGGAGGGUGAUGAAGACGACUUUGACCAAAAUGCUUCGAAAUCCUUACACAAGUCAUCAAUGAAAAGAGUCGCAAAAGAAUGCACGGUUCGGAAACCUUUUCUCUGCACAAUCUGCAACAAAAGAUUUUGUCAGAGGACUAAUUUAGAAAAGCAUAAGCGUAUACACACUGGAGAAAAGCCUUUUGUCUGCACAUGUUGUGGUAAAAGAUUUGCCGAGAAGGGAAAUUUAAACCAACACGCAAAAACACACACUGGAGAGAAGCCUUUUGCCUGCACACUUUGCGACAAAAGAUUUACACAGAAGACUCAUUUGAAAAUGCAUACGCGUACACACACUGGAGAAAAGCCUUUUUCCUGCUCAGUUUGUCCUAAAAGAUUCCGACUGAAGGGAUGUUUAAACAUACAUGCAAGAACACACACUGGAGAGAAGCCUUUCGCAUGCUCAAAUUGUGAGAAAUUAUUCGGUCUUAAGUGUCAGUUGAAAAGACAUAUGCGUACACACACUGGGGAGAAGCCUUUCGCCUGCACACUUUGUGAGAAAAGAUUUCGUUGGAAGGGAAGUUUCAAGAGACACACAAGAACACACACUGUAGAGAAGUCUUUCGCCAGCUCAAUUUGUGAGAAAAGAUGCCAUUGGAAGUAUGAGAAUCCUGCAGAUGUCACUAUAGAAGAUCUUCACCCUGAGAAGCACGAUCUCCUCCACGUUAAACAGGAAUCUGAGUCGGAGAUGCCGUUCAUCAAACAGGAGGCGGAGCCAGAAACCCCACACAUUAAAGGAGAACAGGAAGAUGAAAUCCCCAAGUUUCCUGUGACUGUCAGUGUGAAGGGCGAAAAAGAUGAAGGUCCAAGCGAAGAGGGUGGAGCAGGGAAAUAUUCGAGCAAGAGCUCAUUUCAACACCUGACAACAAAAGAGUGUACUGUAGACAUCACUGAAGAAGAUCUUCACCCUGAGAUGCACGAUCACACACACGUUAAACAGGAGGAGGAGUUGGAGAUGCCGUACAUCAAACAGGAGACCGAGCCAGAGACCCCCUACAUUAAAGAAGAAGAACAGGAAGAUGAAAUAUCCAAGUUUCCAAAGACUGUCACUGUAAAGAGCGAAGAACAUGAAGGUGCAAGCGAAGAGAGCGGACACCUGACAACAAAAGGAGAGGGACGAUCCGAACCUGACAGCCCCUUAGCUUCGCUUUCGGACAACGACGACGUAACGUCACACUCUUCUGACUUUAACACAGAUGAGGAGGAGGAUGACUUUGACCAAAAUGCUUUGAAAUCCUUAAACAAUUCCUCACUGAAAAGAGACGCAAAAGAAUGUGCGGUUGGGAAACCUUUUCACUGCACACUUUGCAACAAAGAAUUUUCUCAGAAGACUAAUUUAGACGUGCAUAAGUGUACACACAUUGCAGAAAAGCCUUUUGUCUGCACAUGUUGUGGUAAAAGAUUCACCAAGAAGGGAAAUUUAGACAAACACACAAGCACACACUCUGGAGAGAAGCCUUUCCCCUGCUCAGUUUGUCAUAACAGAUUCUAUCAGAAGGACAGUUUAAAGAGACACGCAAGAUCACACACUGAAGAGAAGUCUUUCGCCUGCUCAUUUUGUGAGAAAAGAUUUCGUUGGAAGUAUGAAGUGACAAGACACAUGGUUACACACACUAGAGAAAAGCCUUUUACCUGCUCAGUUUGUCAUACAAGAUUCUGUCAUAAGGGAUCUUUAUAUAGACACGCAAGAACACACAUUGUAGAGAAACCUUUUGACUGCUCACUUUGUGGUAAAAGAUUCUCUUAGAAGUGGAAUUUAGUAACGCACGCAAAAAGCCACAAUGGGGAAAAACUUUUUAAUUGCAGUGUGUGACAAGAUAUUGUAAUUCCUGAAACACAUUUACAGCAGGAAAAGCAUUUCAAUAUCCUCAUUCAGUUGUUAAAAUGAGUUUGCAGGUUCGUCUUCACAACUAGCCUAUACUUUGUUUUUGUUUUUAAAUGAAUGAAUUGCGUUACGUGUCCUUAUAUUGAGAAUGUUCCACAACUCAUUGCUUUUCACUAUUUUACUUCUGAGUGUUGGCAUUGACACCGAGCUCUAUAAUUCCUUGAAACCAACCAUAUGCUGUAAAUUCUUUCCCAUUUUUCAAAACUCAAAACAUAUCCGAUUAAAUGACCAUAUCCAGCUUGAUCCUCUUUUUUUCAUUUGCAAUAUGACUUCUUCCCUGUUACUUUGAUUUACAUGAUUGUGUUUUUGUGUAUUCUAUUUGUAGCUUUGGUCAACUCGGUUGUAAAUUGUCCUUGAGUCUCAUGAUAGGCGCUUUGAAAUACAAUUAUUAUUUUUUGAAAUACAGUAGAUCACAAAAGUGAGUACACCCCCCGCAUUUCUGCA